UGGGGCUCAGUAUGAAGUUGCCAUCCCAACACAACAAAAUGGCAGGCAACUGUGAAGCAUGUGUUCUGAAAGCUCUGAAAUCACGCACAAAGAAACUAUCUCUUGAUAACAAUGCGCUCAAGACACUCUCAGUGUCUGUAGGAAGACUGGGCUUUCUAGAGACAUUGUCAGCUAAGAACAAUGACCUCUUGUCCCUACCCGAAGAAAUAGCUAAUCUCAGACAGCUGGGCUAUUUGAAUCUUGGUGGCAAUAAGCUGCAGUCAAUACCAACAUGUGUCUGUGGUCUACCAAAGUUGCGGACCUUACAUUUGUUCCGUAAUUGUUUAACAUCUUUCCCAAACCAAUUACCAAGUACGUUAAUCCUUCUAAAUUUGAAUCACAAUAAUCUCACAACGAUAUCUCCAAGCAUUACUCAACUAACUUCCCUCAAGCAACUCAGCCUAGCCAACAAUGCACUCACUCAAUUACCGCCAGAGAUUGGCACAUUGCACUCCCUUGAAGAGCUCCACUUGAAUGGAAAUAACCUCUUCACUUUGCCGUACGAAUUAGGAAAACUGAGAAAUCUGAAGAAGCUAAUGCUACAAAAGAACAGUAUCAAAGCAUUGCCUAUUAGCAUAGGAGAAUGCAGAAAACUGUCCACUCUGGAUGUGUCUGGAAACCAAUUGGAAAUAUUCCCAGCAGAGCUGCAGCUGUUAUCGUUCAGAGAAUUUCACUUUGAGAACAAUCCCCUACUACCCUACAUCCCCGUCCCCGCUGAUCAGUACCAGGAGGUCAUACCACUGAAGGAGGUGGCGUCACGUGCAAUAGUGACUGAGAUACGUAAAGACAGUGCACUGUUGUCAGCCAUGGUGAGCUACUACCCUGGUGUCCAGGACCAGUUAGAUAAGGCUGGGGACUGUGCUGUGUGUGGGCAGCCAUUUGUGAGCCUCUGGCUGGACUGUGUGCACUUUGAGCUCUCUAAAAAGGUGUUCCAAAAGCUCCACACAAGCUCUCAAGGGUAUUUGCCGAUGAAAGCACAGCUCUGCUCUUACAAGUGUUUUAAUUCAGAAGGUCACAAACUGUUUGGCAUUGCAGAACCACCAAUAUUUUAGCGUUUUAUAACUAUUUGUAACCACCAUUACAGUUUUUCAGAGAACGAUGUAAGAUUAUUUUCAGUUUAUACGGUUAAUUAUAAUUGUGUGAUUGGGCAAGAGAACGUUCAUGUAAUAAAAUGUGAGUAUAAUUAUGUCAAUGUAACUGUAUAAGUUAAGCAUGUUCAAUGCCUAAAGUUGAUCUCAAACUGAUAUGAAUAUUCCUUCCUCGCUUGUCAACGUGAAACUUAUAAUGCUCAGUGUCCACUUCUAGCAGAUUUAAAAUUGUUUGAUAAGUGAGUGAUAAAUUCUUGUCUAAUAGCUCAAAAUCAUCCCAGCAUGUGUCCGUCAUUACGCACAAUCUUCUGCAGUUAUUAUCUGUAGAAUCUUUAGUUCGAUGCUGCAAAUAUUCUUGCAAAUCAUUCUUGUAACUUGGGUAUAAGCAGCUCACAAUGUGAUAGUCAUUCAGCCAACUUUUUCUAGUUGUGUCCACUAGUAUAAUAGUAUUGUUGGUAUCAUGCUUUGUUGAAUUCAUCGGUAGCAUUGCAUCUGUAGAAAAUGAGUUCCAUUGCUCCAUUGAAGACGUCUUCCUCACCGAGAACAAGUGCUUAUCGAACUGAAGUUGAAAUUUUCUGGUCUCAUUCACAUUCUGUCUGUCAGUUUUCAGAUUAUAAGCAAUAUCAGAUUUGGCCAUAAUGUUAUAAUUAUAGCUACCGUCUGU